UCCCUAGUUGAAAGAUCAGCCAUUCAGCUCUUGGUCAAUGACUGUUAGUUUUAGCCGUCGGAGACGAAGUAAACUCCACUGUACCCUUAAACUCUCAAAAUUUCCAAUAUCACCCACAAGGUACGUGCAGGUUCGUAGGCAUUUCUAUUGACUCUGUGGAACCCAAGUCAAAAGCUCAAAUUAUCAAAAUCAACACAACACAGCUGGGCAGUCCGAUCUCCUAAUCCUCCAUUAUCUUCGCCUGCAUGCGGGCUUUGUCCAUGAGUUUGAACGCUUUUCUCUCCAGGCUUUUCUUCUGCUUCCGGAAGAGGCACAACGCCGCUGAUGAAGCCGAUGGCACCGACUCCUCCGACCUCUUCUUCGCUCUCCAUACUCUCCAGAUAGCCACUAACUUCUUCUCUGAGUUGAAUCAGCUUGGCCACGGUGGCUUUGGCCCCGUUUACAAGGGAUUGAUGCCAAAUGGUCAAGAAGUAGCAGUAAAGAAGCUUUCAUUAGACUCCAGACAGGGGCUUCGAGAAUUUACUAAUGAGGUGAAGCUUUUGUUGAAAAUUCAGCACAAAAACUUAGUCACUUUGUUCGGUUGCUGUGCUGAAGGACCUGAGAAGAUGCUUGUUUAUGAGUAUCUGCCAAACAGAAGCCUUGAUUACUUUCUAUUUGACAAAAAGAAGUCUGCAUCACUGGAUUGGACAACACGAUACCGGAUAGUUACAGGUGUUGCCAGAGGUCUUCUCUACUUGCAUGAAGAGGCCCCAGAAAGGAUCAUUCAUAGAGACAUUAAAGCAAGUAAUAUUUUGUUGGAUGGGCAGUUGAACCCAAAAAUCUCAGAUUUUGGCCUGGCAAGGCUCUUUCCUGGAGAAGACACCCAUGUAAAUACAUUCAAGAUUUCUGGUACCUAUGGCUAUAUGGCCCCUGAAUAUGCGAUGCAUGGAUAUUUGUCUGUGAAGACAGAUGUUUUCAGCUAUGGAAUUUUGGUCUUAGAGAUAGUAAGUGCAAGGAAAAACCAAGAUAGGAGUCUUAGCGCAGAAAAGGUGGACCUCUUGAACUACACAUGGAAACUCUACCAAGAUGGGAAGCCAUUGGACCUGGUGGAUCCAAGCCUUACAAAGUGCAAUCAUGAUGAGGCUGCAAUGUGCAUUCAGCUAGGCUUGUUAUGUUGUCAACAAAGCGUUGCAGAUAGGCCUGACAUGAAUUCUGUUCACCUCAUGCUCUCAAGUGACUCGUUUACAUUGCCUAGACCAGGUAAACCUGCAAUUCAAGGACGUGCAAGCCGGUGGACAACCAGCACUUCAGCACUCACUAAAACUACUAAUACUAAUACGAAUGCUACCAGUACCAACACAGGUGUUACCAGGACUUCUGCAGGUAACAGCUUUGUUGAGGAAUUCUCCAGAAACUCCAUCUCUUAUUCUUCCAUUGAUGAGGGUAGAUAAUCUCCAUUCAUAAUAGUGAGUAAUUAGCACUAUUUAUGUAUGUAAAGUUUAUUAUUAUUAUUAUUUUUUGUUUUAUUAUAGUGGAUAGCAAUUUAGAAUGCAGAUAGCUGUUUUUUCAAUCUGCUUGUGUUAAAUUUGAUGAACAAAAAUUACUCAGUGGAAAUGGAGCUUCAGACCUUUCCCAAAAAUACAUAAUCUGAGAUUUUACAUUAAA